GUUUUUUAUUGUUGCUGUGCUUUUGUUGCAAAUCAGCUGUUUACUAGUACAAAUUUCUUUUAUUUUACGAUUGGAGUAGGUGAAGUUUUGUGGUUCCAUGCGGUUAAAGUUAUUGCAAAAUAUAUACAGAACAUUCCGCAACCCUCGUAAUCCUAUGGCAAUUUUUACGCAAGUGGUUAAUCCGUUGACUGGCCAAAAUGAAUGGGCUGUACAGAGCGAUGACUACGAUUACCAAAUGGAGCUAACAUGUACCGGCUUUGGAGAUAUGUUGCACGAUAGGGAACGCAAUCAAAAAUACUUUUCAGCAUUGCGAAAGGCCAUCGCGCGCAUGCACGCCGAUGGACGUGAAGUCCACGUGUUGGAUAUUGGCACUGGUACAGGUAUUCUUUCCAUGAUGGCUUCAAGUGCUGGUGCUGACUCAGUUACAGCGUGUGAAGCAUUUACGCCUAUGGCAAAUUGUGCGGAGCGCAUAUUAGCAGCUAAUGGGUUUGGUGAUAAGGUGCGCUUGGUGAAGAAACGCUCAACUGAAAUGCGUAUUGGUGAAGAUAUGCCGCAGAGGGCAAAUCUAUUAGUUGCUGAACUAUUGGAUACAGAGUUGAUAGGCGAGGGAGCAAUCAGUAUAUACAACCACGCGCACGACGAAUUGUUAACGGACGAUGUCGUUUGCAUUCCCGCACGGGCAACAUGCUACGCGCAAGUGGUGCAAUCGCCACUUGCCGCCCAAUGGAACACAAUGAAAAUUCUUGCCGAUUUAGAUGGAAAUAUAUUGCUGAAACCACCAGAAGAAGUAUUGCAAUGCAAGGGCGAAGCAGCGGUGCAUGACGUCCAGCUUUCUCAAUUAGGUCUAGAACACUUUAGACUUCUAACCAAACCAAAGGAAAUAUUUGUUUUUGAUUUUAGCCAAAAGUUAAAAAGGCCUACUGAAAGACAGCAAUUACUAGAAAUGGACGCACUGCAAGCGGGUUCAACAGAUUUAGUAUUCUAUUGGUGGGAUAUACAAAUGUAUGCAGAUGAUAUGAUGACUUUGAGUUGCGCUCCAUAUUGGGCACAUUUCGAUUGGAAAAAACCAAAAGAUGUUCUACCAUGGCGAGAUCAUUGGAUGCAGGCAAUCUAUUAUAUACCAAAGCCUUUACAUAUUUCCACCGCUGGUGGGAAAUUUAUGCUCAAUUGUAACCAUGAUGAAUACUCUCUUUGGUUUGACAUGCAAAGCACACCGAGCGAAGUUUUAAAGGCCGUUCCACGACAUGCAUGUACUUGCGGUUUACAUUUCUCUUAUCCCCGUUCACGUAUUGGCCAACUAAAUCAGUCCAUACGUAAUAAAAAGUAUCUUAACUAUCUAGAACAGAAUUUGAGCAAAGAUUCACACGUACUGUGCCUUGGCGAUGGAUGUAUUUUGGGUUUAGCUAUAGCUAAAAUGGGAGUCUCUUCUGUAAUACUGUGUGAAAAGCAAACAUUUUCCAAACGAUUCAUGGAUUCUGUACAGAAAAGCAAUAAAAUUGAAAACGUGGAAUUUGUCGACAAUAUAGAGAAGCUCGAUCAGUCGAAAUUGUCAAAUCUGACGCAUAUUUUCGCUGAGCCAUACUUCCUUAACGCUAUUCUACCCUGGGAUAAUUUUCGCUUCAGUGAACUUUUACAAAGCCUCUUAGACAAAUUACCACCAACAGUGAAAAUAGCACCACAUUCAGCUAAAAUAUUUGCAGUACCGGUUGAAUUCACCGACCUUCAUAAAAUACGUACGCCUGUGAAGCAAUGUGAAGGCUUUGACUUGGGAAUAUUCGACCAAAUGGUUAAGGUAAGAGCUAACAUUUUAAAACAAAUACAUCUAAUAGCACGCACAAUCUAUUUAAAGCAAGCAAGAUCAGUACUACCAGAUAAAGGAGUUGAAGCGCAACCGCUUUGGGAGUAUCCCUGCAAAGCUUUAGCUACACCUCAGGAAAUUUUACAUGUUACUUUCAGCGAUUUUAACGCGGAGUGCUCCACAAGUGGAACGAUGAAAAUAGAAAGUGAUGGAUCUUUGAAUGGUAUCGCAUUUUGGGUGGAAUGGAAUAUCGAUGGCGGAACUAGUCCUAAGUCCGUUGUAAGCACUGGCCCUGUUGAAUCAAUCGUGCCAGGAAAAUUUAUUAAAUGGGAUAUGUUUGUACGACAAGGUGUUCAAUUAUUUGAAGAAAGUCAUACAGUGCUUAACGCGAAGAAUAGUGUGCAAUGGAUAUUGCAGUACAAACCAAAGCCGACCAAAAUAGAAAUUGAUGUACAUGUGAAAUUUCCCUAAUCGUAUUAAAAUUUUUGAAUACGUUACAACCUGGAUAUAAGCAACCCAGAGGGACAAAUUGGCGAUAUAUGCGCCCGGCUAUUAAAUUUAGAUCUUAAAAAAAGGAUAGCUGGUUCCGCGAAACUUUCGCUUGCUAGAAGAGUUGGAUCAAGGCCAAAAAGGUGUAGGCGAUGGUACAAUUUCCUGGGGUCUCGAAAAC